AUGGUCUCGUUUCCCUCACUGCCUGCUGCCAUCACAACUCCGGCAACCCGCGCCGCGGAAGCCGUUCGAGGUGUCAUUGGUGGUGUUACAUGGACGCCGGCCCUCGCCCUCGCACGUCCGACACUGCUCUCUGUCCUAUCCAGGAUUGAGAUUGGCACGCUGCUGCUGGUCGACGAACCCGCGGGCACUCGCCAUGUCUUUGGCCAGAAGCUCGACGGCAGCGCGGAUUUGUCCAAUGUCGAGGCCAGCGCAACUCGCCGUGUCACGACAGUGCCUCGAGUCGAGGUGAUUAUCAAGAAUGACGCCUUUUGGAUGCGCUCGUUUCUGUUUGGCGACAUGGGGUUUUCCGAAGCUUAUAUGCUCGGCGAUUUUGAGUGCCAGGAUUUGACGUCCUUCUUCCAACUUUUUAUCAUGAACCGAGAUCAAUUAGGAAACGGCGCGACUUGGAUAUCAAGUAUCUCGGCCGCCAUUUCGGCCGUCGCUCGUGCUAAUAACGCGCUCGGUAGCGCGCUCCUCAACAUCUCGGCACACUAUGAUAUCAGCAACGACAUGUUUGCCGCCUUUCUCUCCCCCGACAUGACCUACUCCUGCGCUGUGUGGGACCGACUGCAUGAUAUAAAAAAGACGGACAGCAACGAGUCCCUCGAAAGUGCGCAGCUCCGAAAACUGCAGCGUUUCGUGGACGGCUGCAAGAUAAAAUCUGACGACCAUGUCUUGGAGAUUGGCACCGGAUGGGGGUCAUUCGCAAUCGAGGCUGUGUCUAAGACAGGAUGUCGUGUGACCAGCCUAACGCUAUCUAAAGAACAGAAAUCACUCGCGGAAGACCGGAUAGAGGCUGCCGGGUUGCGGGACCGCAUCACGGUGCUAUUGUGUGACUACAGAGAGCUCGAGCUGCCCGAAGGAAAACGCUUCGAUAAGAUUGUAUCGAUUGAGAUGCUCGAGGCCGUUGGGAGGGAGUACCUAGCGACAUACUUUGGCUGCAUUGACAGGCUUCUCAAGGAAGACGGUGGUGUCGCCAUGUUCCAGUGCAUCACAAUGCCCGAAGGCCGAAGCGAUGCAUAUGCGAAAACGGAAGACUUCAUUUCGCAUUACAUUUUCCCAGGCGGCUAUCUCCCUUCCACGACGGAGCUGCUCAACCACAUAACUACACAAUCCAAAGGCACACUCGUCACCGAAAACAUUGAAAACAUUGGAGGUCAUUAUGCCAGGACGUUGCGUUUAUGGCGCGAGCAAUUUAUGGGCACCUUUGAAAGCAAGAUCCGCCCGGCUCUUCUGAGGCAGCAUCCUGACAUGACGAAGGAAGCCGUCAAUGUUUUCAAGCGCAAGUGGGAGUACUACUUCACCUACUGCGAGGCAGGUUUCAUUUCAAAGACUCUUGGCGACGUCAUCAUCACUGUAGGACGUGAGCGAACACUCGAAUUCAUGGAGGGCAUUCCCCUGUAA